AUGGUCGAAACCAAGUCAACGACUUCUGAUUUAGAAGUCAAAAAAUCAGAAGAAGAUGUAAGUUUUUGCUGAAAUGAUAUUUGAGUAUGUAUGAUUAAAAAAAAUAAAAUUAAUAUGUUUUAGUCAUCCCGUCAUCAUGGCGAAUGUAAAUGGUUCAACGUUUCCAAAGGCUACGGAUUCGUUGUGGAUGAUGUGACUCAAGAAGAUUUGUUUGUUCAUCAAUCGAAUUUGAACAUGCAAGGGUUUCGAAGUUUGGAUCAAGGAGAACGUGUCUCGUAUUAUAUACAGGCACGUUCAAAUGGCAAAGGAAGGGAGGCUUAUGCGGUUAGUGGAAUUUUUCUGGGGAAAAAGUGGAAAAUUUUCUAAAUUUUGUGAAAUCAUACGAUUCCUUACUUUAAAAAAAGUUCGUCGAACUCAAAAGCAAGUUUGAAUAUGAAGCUCAAAAUUAAGCCCAAAGCCCUGGAAAAAAUAGAAAAAUCAAAUAAAUUAUUCUCUAAAAUAUUUCCGAAUAUUCUUCGGGUUUCACUGAAAAGUGAUGAAAAAUGUUUAGAAAAAAAUGCGAGUCGAGAAAAUCUCAAUUAAUUAGCCUAACUACUCAUGCUCAAAACCUCUUAUUUUUUCAAAUUUCCAACAAAAAAACAAAUGGAAAAAAAUUGCAAAAAAAUAAAAAGAAAACAACGAGACUCCGCUUACGGGUCGCCGUAUGUUUGCGGGAGUUUGAAUUUAUUUUUUUUCAUUUUUCGGGAAAAUCCCCUUAUAAUUCCAGGUAUCCGGUGAAGUAGAAGGGCAAGGCCUAAAAGGCAGUCGAAUUCACCCGUUGGGCCGCAAAAAAGCGACAGGUCUUCGAUGUUUUCGUUGUGGCAAAAUCGCAUCUCACAAAGCCAAAAAUUGUCCGAAUGUGAAAGGCGAUGGAAAAGUUUGUUAUACUUGUGGAUCAGAUGAACAUGUCAGUUCAGUUUGUCCAAAACGAAUAGAUGAAAAAACGAAACAAAUUGAACAUUUGAUUGAGGAAUCGGAAGAAGAACCAUUGAAGAAAAAAAACGGACGUUAA